GUGCACAAACACAUACGCAUACACACACACACAUGUUGUGGGAGGAUUCAAUCUAGGGCUAUUCACUUGCUGCUCUACCGCUCAGACUCAUUCCCAUUUGGGGUUGCUUUGAUAGACAAGCUUUUAAAUGAAAGUCAGUCAAAGAAAGUAGAGACACACAUAACAUGCUUCCCAUACAUGAUUCCCAGUUAAAUAAUUUGGAAAAUAUAAACAAAGAAAAACCAAAUGGCAUGCUGAGAACGCCACACACCUGUGAAGCACACGGGGCAGACACAUAAAGCAUAAAGCUUUGUGCUCCCAUCACUGUGCAUAGAAAGCACCCGGACAACGCUCGGGAACCUCAGCAGCUCAGGAGUAAAGAGUAAAGUCCAGGAAUGAAAAAGUUAAUGGUAGAAUAAUGUGUAAAAGGACACCUGUGCUCACCGGUGGCCAGGGAAGUUCAAAUGAGAACAGUCUGAAGCCAUCUGUCACCAGAUUAGCAAAAUCAUACACCGAUAAGCCUAGUACUUAAAAACUGGUGCUGGGGAUGUAAAUUGUGUCAACUUUUGGGAAGGUGAAUUGGCAUUUCUCUACUGUAAUUUAUAAACAAGUGUAACUCAUAAUUCCAUUGGAAGGUCUGGCUUGUAGAAAUAAAUGCAGUAGCAUACAAAGAUAUCUAUUUAGAUAUAUGCAUGUUUGGGUACCUAUGGUGGUAACAUACAUACAUAUAGUAAUAUAAACUACCAACCUGAAUAAAGUGUGUGUGAUAUGUGUUGCUCUUGCUGUUUCUGGGACUAGGAGACAGGAAGCAGCUGCGAUGACUAGGGACGGGGGACUAUUUUAAUGGAGAAUGAGGCAUCCGUUGUAUGAAAUACCAUGUAACCCUUGUCAAGUUUUUCUUCCUUUUUUUUCAGAUGUAUUUAUUAUGUAUGCAGUGUUCUGCCUGCAUGUGCGCCUGUAUGCCGGAAGAGGGCACCAGACCUCAUUACAGGUGGUUGUGAGCCACCAUGUGGGUGCUGGGAAUUGAACUCAGGACCUCUGGAAAAGUAACCCAGUGCUCUUAACCUCUGAGCCAUCUCUCCAGCCCCUGUCACACUUUUCUUUGCCUGCUGUUUUUGUAUUGAUCCAGUUUUACCUUUUACAGUGUUUUUGUUUAUUUUUAAUAUACUUAAUUGUAAAGGAAAAGACAAUUCUGUCUGCUCACAUGGAAUGGAAAUCCCAUGAGGCAGAGCUCAUGCCCAUCUUGCUGUCUGCCUUAUCUCAGAAACAAGCAACCCUCUCUGGGCUCCCACACAGAAGGCACCUGCAGAAUGAAUGCAUGACUGAGUCACUCCGCUGCCUUGGCUGCGAUUCGGUCAAGUGCUCCUCGGAAAGCAGGGGGUAGCUGAGGGUCUUGGGUCACAAGUGCCACAGACUUUAAUGUCUUCACCUGUCCAUCACUUCCCCUUCUCCUCAGUUUUGCUCUAGAAAAAUACUGAGCCCCCCAUUACAUGAAUUGUAAUUGGAAGAAUUCCUUGGGUGUUUAAGUUAGGUCAGUGGGACCCAUGUGUCAAGAAUUUGACCUUGGGGGGCUAGAGAGAUGACUCAGCUGUUGAGACUGCUUUCUGCUCUUGCAGAAGGCCAGGUUUGAGUCCCAACAUCCACAUGGGGGCUUACAACUGCCUGUAACUCUGGAUCCAGGAGAUCUGUUGCACAUAAAAUAAAUGUAUACAUUUAAAAAAAUAGAGGGGCUGGAGAGAUGGCUCCAGAUGACUGCUCUUCCAGAGGACCCAGGUUCAAUUCCCAGCACCCAUAUGACAGCUCACAACUGUCUGUAACUCCAGUUCCAGAGGAUCCAACAACCUCACAUCAAUGCACAUAAAAUAAAAUUAAAAUAAAAAAGUUAAAAUAAAAUGUAUUUUUUUAAAAAAGAAUUUGUUCAGAACCUCAUAGAGACAGGGUGUAGGGAACUGAUUCAUCCCCGUGGGAACCUCUGACAAAAACAGGCUUGGUGCUUGUACCUCAGUCCCUGUAGAAGUUCCUGCUCCUUCUGGGAGUCUGUGAGUGUCCUCCUCCCAUGAGCAUCUUUCAGGCAAUCCUACCCUCCUGGUCCUACAAUUAUUAUUAUUUUUUUUGGCAUCCCAUUAGUCAGAUAGGUUUCUGUUGCUUGUAACCAAAUUGCCCUAAUUGCAUUCAGAACCACAGAAGAAUGCAUGUUCUGCCAGUCCUCUUUCACGGCCUUUAAGCCAAGGUAAUCAUAAAUCCGCUGGGCUCCAGUGCAGUCCAGGUUCUACCUGUUGUUGGGGACUAAUUGGUAAAGUUCUCUCUUUGUCUCCUGGUCCAAAUAAAGAAGUCCAUGCUCACCCUGCCUGCAGCUGUCCAUCCGUUGAUCUUCAUCCUCUUGACAACGUGAGACAUCAUCAUCUGUGCCACCCCAGCUGAGCCGCUUUUCCAACAUGAUAGCGUAGGUCUAGCCACAGAUGUGCCUUUUAGAACCCAGGCAUGGGGAUGUAGCUCCAGGCUGGAGCUCUUGGGUAGUAUGAAGCCCCACAGAGCGAGCUAACAACAGAAAGCCUAGAUACCUUCUUGCUUUGAUACAUGACCCACACUUGAGGCUUCCUCAAUUAUUCUUUUUGUGGUAAAUAGAGAUUCUUUUGAUCAGUCUCCGGUACAAUAGCCUGAUGAGAUGCUUCAGGGGCGUGUUGAAAUGUUCAGCUUUAGCUCUUUUGUCUUCCAGGUGCUCAUCUCUUUCCUUCCGUGUCAUCUCCACUAUCAUUCAUGAAAAUGUUGAAUCCGCGCAGGAUUCGGCUGGAGCGCCGGAUUGUUGGUGGAACCAACCGGUGGCGGUUUCCCCAAGAGCAUUUCUGUGGAGACCUGCUGGCACUCUCCCAGAUGUGCAAUGUUUUGAACAUAGACCUUGAUGACGCUCUGAAGAACCCAGACAGAUUACUCAUUUCAAAAUUCCAAAAGCUUCUCUCUGAGAAUAUCUCAAACAGUGGCACCCAAAGCGGGGAAGCAGAUGUGAUUCUAGAAUGCCUCGGCUUCAAGUGGGAACUCCAUCACCCUCAGAUUUUUCAGUCUGAGACCUUGGCCAAGCUUUAUUUGACAGCCCUGAUGCAGAACAUAAAAAACCCCUCAAGGGAGCUGAACAGGAUUCUGAAAGCUCAGGCACCUAAGAAGGUCAAAGAAAAGUCCCCUGUGAAGAAGAUCAUCAUUACCUUGAAGGUCAAUGACCCGGCAGUCACCAGAGUCGCCUUCGCCCUGGCCCUGAAGAACCUCUACAUGAACGAGGUGGAGAUGAAUGUGGACAAUGUGCUGGGCGUGCUGGCCUCUGCUCACAUCCUCCAGUUCAACCGCCUGUUUCAAAAGUGUGUCAACAUGAUGUUGUCCAGACUCACACCGUGCACCGUCAAGAACUUCUAUCUGGCUGGCUGCAAGUACAUGGAAGAGCAGCUCAUUGUCUCCUGCGAGAAGUGGCUGGCAAUGAACUUGGUACCUCUAGUCGGGACACAGAUCCACCUCCGGCACAUCCCUCAGCAUCUGCUGCACAAGGUGCUGAAGUCUCCCAGCUUGUUCACCUUUAGUGAGUUCCAUCUCCUGAAAACCUUACUCAUGUGGGUUUACCUGCAGCUGAACGGCAAGGUCCAGAUGAUUCCAAUCCACGAGACCAUGCUGGCAUUUUUUAGCAGCUUUCCCAAGAAGUGCUGCUUUCUGGAACAGGAUACCGGGCAGAGCUGGACACCACUCUUCCUGUGUCUGCGUCUGCACGGCAUCACCAGUGGCAAGGAUCUGGAGGAGUUAAGGCACAUUAACUUCUUCCCUGAGUCCUGGCUGGUCCGGGUUACAGCCAACCAUUAUCACGCACUGGAGAACGGGGGCAACAUGAUUCACCUGAAAGAUCUUUCUACACAAGCCCUGAGGUUUGGGCUGCUCUUUAGGCAGGAAUAUACCACUUACUCGGAAAGGAUUUCUAUAUAUGGAUACUUCUUUGAGAUAAAGGGAAUCAGACAUGAUGCGACCUCUUACAGUUUUUCUAUGCAGAGAAUAAGACACACCGACUUGGAGUGCCCCUCACCCGUCUGCGAGCACAGUGCCAUCAGCCUGAGAACUGAGCGCCUGGUGAAGUAUGAGAUCAGAGCCCAGACGAUGGUGGAUGGCAGAUGGCAGGAGUUCAGGACCAACCAGAUCACGCAGAAGUUUGGGUUCGUCAAGCCAGGCUGCAAAAGCCACGUGAGCGUCCGCCUUGUCUGGCUUUCCCCUCUCCGUUCUGUUUCCUUUUUGCUCCUUCCUUCCCUCGCCCCUUCAUGGGCGUCCCUAUCUUCAAGCCACCAGCGACCGACCAUCAGGGGAUCGUUUUCAGUUUCUGUGGGAGACCAGCCCCCACGCUUAUUUACCCCAGGAACUCUGGAGGAAUGAGGGAUAAGAGAGUUAGUUAGUAAUAGAGAGUAAAGAAACAGAGAAAGCACAGGAUAGACUCGAGUGACCCUGGAUCCUUACCCAAACGGGCCCAGAGCUUUAUUCCAAAGGGCUAUUUAUAACAAGGCCAAGGGGUAGAGCAAAAGACCUCCCCCUUUGCUAAUGAGACCCUUACAAACACCUGGUACCCAGACCCGUGGUCCAUUCAACCUCUUAUGCAGUCCUGUUGGGUACAGCCACUAGGAAACCUAGUGGGCUCCAACAAGUUUCCUAAGGAUGAUCACGUUCCAAAUGAUACCAAGGGAAAACCUUCUAAAACGAAAAAGCACAACCAGUAGUUGUGGUUGACUCUAACAAAUCAAAUCAGGGGCACAGUAGACCCAUCUUGUAAAUGUCAUUAGGUAUUUGUGUAUAGAUGUGAGGUGUCACAGCUCAUCAGUUCCUCUGAUAUCUUUCCGAAGGCUAACCCAGGAGCACAGAGCCCAGUCAGCCCAAGGGUGGCACCAACAUCUAAGCAGACUUAGUACCUACCUGGCUUUUGGUGGCUACAGUCCCCAAAUAGCCAGAGAACCAGAAGGGGGUUCUUUGGGUUGUGGGUUUGCGGUUGGGGCUCAUGCCGGUAUUCUAUUGGGUAUGGGGCUGUUCCACACACCAGAGUCAUUCUCAGUCCAGACCCUGGGGAGGGCUGGAGUCAGCACAGUCAUUCUCUCUGUGGGGGGUGGGGAGAGGCUAGGCUGACAAUGUGCUUCCCUUUGAUCAGGUGACAGCACAGGUGUGGCCUCGGGACAACUCUCACAGAUUUAUACACUUCACUGUGUCUAAACGAUGUCUAAAAUGUUGUGUAUUUAUACUCUCUGUGGAGCCAGCACUGGGAACCAGGAACUUACGCAGCUGUCUUUGGCACCUCAGCCUCAUCCUGAAAGUCUCAUUUGUUCUCUUUCGUUUCUUA